GCUGACGUCACCCACCGUGCGUCAAUGUGGAGGAAUGUGCGGAAACUUCUUGUUCACUUUUCUCUCUGCGCCGCGUUCGUCGAAGAAGGGAAAAAAAAAAUAACUUCUAAAACUGAAAAGAAGUGAAGACGAAGUGGAGUGAAGUGUGGAAGCGAAGAGCCGAGCCGAACCCAACAUGGCCGCCCAGCCCGUGUUCUCGUUUCCUGUGGGCGUGUCUCUGGAGGGCGUGUCUCUGGAGGACGCCCCCAGCGACGCGCUGCCCGCCCCUCAGCUGGUGAUGCUGGCCAACGUGGCGGCCACGGAGGCCGGCGGCGGAGACGGCAGCGCCGCGGACGAGAAGGAGAUGAUGGAGCUGAAGACGGUCGGAUGCACCUACUCAGACAGCGAGGACGAGAACAUCAUCAGGUACAGCUAUGACAACCAGAACUACCGAGAGGUGUGCAUCAUCGAGUACCCCGAGUCUCCCGGCCCAAACAUCGUCGCCGUCGUCGUAGGCAACGGCGCGGAGGACGGGGAAGAAAGCCACGACGAAGACAAAGCUGAAGACUUGUCCCGCUGCGCCAGGCCCCGCCCCUCUGACGCCACCAAAACCCCCGAGCAGGAAGUCAAACGUAAACACACCCCCGCUGCCGCCGCCGCUGUUGGCGUUGGCGUGGCCGCUGUUGCCACGGAGACGGCCAAGAAGAAGAAGCCGUUCCACUGUAAGCCGUGUCACUUCCAGGCGCAGAGCGAGCGGGAGUUCGUCGACCACCUCGGCACGCACGGCGUCAGCAAGAUGGCGGUGGUGAGCCGCGUGGAGGGGCGGAGCCGGGCGCGGGCGAAGGACUGCGAGGCGGGCGAGGCCCGGGGGACGCCAGGCGCCAGUGGCGGCGAGGGGGACAGCGGCGGCGAGGAGGCGGGGGCCGGCGGGGACGUGAAGGGGCUGAUCAGGUGCGAGCGGUGCGGCUACAACACCAACAGAUACGACCAUUACAUCGCUCACCUCAAACACCACAGCAAGGAGGGAGACGACCACAGGGUGUUUAAGUGUACUCUGUGUCCCUACACCACUGUGAGCCAGUACCACUGGAGGAAACACCUGAGGAAUCACUUCCCCAGCAAACUGCACACCUGCAGCCAGUGCUCCUACUUCUCCGACCGCAAGAGCAACUACGUCCAGCACAUCCGGACACACACAGGUGUGCGUCCGUUCCAGUGUCCGUACUGCGACUACUCCAGCUCUCAGAAGACCCACCUGACCAGACACAUGAGGACACACUCUGGUGAGCGGCCUUUCAAGUGUGAGAGCUGUAACUACCUGGCAGCCAAUCAGCAUGAGGUGACGCGCCACGCCCGGCAGGUGCACAACGGGCCCAAACCCCUCUCGUGUCCGUACUGCGAGUACAAGACGGCCGACCGCAGCAACUUCAAGAAGCACGUGGAGCUGCACCUGAACCCUCGCCAGUUCCUGUGUCCGCUCUGCAAGUACGCGGCCUCCAAGAAGUGCAACCUGCAGUACCACAUCAAGUCUCGCCACGCCGGCGUCAGCGUAGCGGCCGUCGACAUCUCCAAGGUUAGACUCAGGGUCAAGAAACCAGAAAGCUCGGACGGUGCCGAGGAAGCCUUCGGAGAGAGCAAGGCCGGCGAUUCCUCCGGUGGAGAGCGCUACGCGGAGGACUCUGACAUGGACGACGUGGACGAAGGCGACAGUUUGGACUCGAGUCCGAUCAAUCUGUCGAUCAGAAAGAGCGGCCGGCUGAACGGCGCCGAAACAGAGACGCAAAGCGAAGCGCCGGACAAAGCGCCGAGGAAAUCCAACGCCGCGGCCGCCGCAGAGAGAGAGACGCUUCAGAAAGUUAAAGUGGAACCGGAGAAAAAAGUCACAACGAGGCAGAAGAAGACAGAGAAGAUGUACGGGAAUCUUCCAGAGACGGAGACGGGGAACGUGACCACAGAGAAGGUCAAGAGACGAGUCAAGAAAACAACCGAAAACGUAACGGAAGAAUCAGAGAAGGACCGAACGGAGAUGGAGAAAACCCAGCGGAAAAGAUCAGAGGAGCAAAGAAACGCCAGUCAGAAAGAGGACAAAAAGUCAAAGCCCGAGAAAGAACCGAAGAAGGCCGAAAGCAGCGGGAAGGAAAACAAAAGCCUCAACAAGCCGAGGAAGUCCGGAGAGAAGAAGGUGGAGAAAACUGCAGAACAUAUCGAAGAAGCUCCGCAGAAACCCGACCCUCUCCAGAAACCCAACGCACAGCAGAAAGUUGAUGCACAGCAGAAACAUGAUGCACAGCAGAAAUCUGAUGCACAGCAGAAAGUUGAUGCACAGCAGAAACAUGAUGCACAGCAGAAAUCUGAUGCACAGCAGAAAUCUGAUGCACAGCAGAAAGUUGAUGCACAGCAGAAAUCUGAUGCACAGCAGAAAGUUGAUGCACAGCAGAAACAUGAUGCACAGCAGAAAGUUGAUGCACAGCAGAAAGUUGAUGCACAGCAGAAAGUUGAUGCACAGCUGAAAUCUGAUGCACAGCAGAAAGUUGAUGCACAGCAGAAAGUUGAUGCACAGCAGAAACCUAACCCUCUCCAGAAACUCGACUGUCUCCAGAAUCGCCCAAAGGAAAAAGCUGCGAAGCGAAAAGUAACGGAGGCUCUCGAUCUUUCCCAAAAGUCCUCAGCCGAGACUCCGGCGAAGGCCAGACGGCUGAAAGUUCCUGCUGCCACCACCGCCGCUGAGAAAGACCCAAAGAAGAUUCAGGAAUCUCCUUCUUCCCCGAGCCCAGCAAAGACGAAGAAAACCCGGAGCGCCGGAAAGAAAGCUACGGAGCCUCUAAAACCAACUGUGGAUCCAGUUCCAGACGAGAAGGACGCUACGCCGGGCAACAAAACGCCAACAAACAAGCCCUCGGUGAAGAUGGAGCACAAAGUCUCAGAGAAGAUGGAAGUUCCCUCCACCUGCAGCUCAGACGAGAAGACAUUGGGCGACAGAGACGCUCCACCAGACAAACGGACACUAACCACGACCAGAAACAGUUCAGCUCAGAAGAAGAAGAUGAAGAAGGAGGCGGCGUCCACGGAUGUAACGACUCAGACGACCAACGUGAUCUCAGAGAAGACGGAAGAUUCCUCCGCCUGCAGCUCAGUUCCAGAUGAGAAGAGGUCGGGCAGCAGCCGAUCUACAGACGCUCUGAACAAACGGACGCUAACCACGACAGGAAACAGUUCAGCUCAGAAGAAGAAGAAGAAGAAGGAGGCGGCGUCCACGGAUGUAACGACUCAGACGACCAACGUGAUCUCAGAGAAGACGGAAGACUCCUCCGCCUGCAGCUCAGCCCGGCGGAGCAACAUGGAGGACGACGAGGGCGUCCACAGCAGCCAGGAAGCAGGAAGUGACAUCAGCGACAGCGCCUCCGAGGGCAGCGACGACUCUGGUCUCCACAGCAACGCCACCAACGGGGGGAAGGCGUCCAACGACCCCGAGACCCCCAGCGAGGAGAUCCCCACGCCAACCGAGCUCAAGAGCCUCCGCUGCAUCUUCUGUGACCGCACCUUCCUCCUGGAGGCUGAGUACAGACGCCACCUCAACCGCCACCUCGCCAACCUCUACUACACUGACCAGUAGUACACACACAGAGACACACACACACACACACACAGACGCCCCCCCACGCCGCUGGCAGCCAGUGGUACAUGGAACAUUGUGUAGUUUGUGUUUACGGAUCAUGUUCAUCAUUUCUACAGAUUAAUUUUUAAUGAAAGAGCUUCUUUUGAUCAUUUUAUAAACUGAUGAUGAUUUUGUGCCAAAA